AUGCCGCGUUUUUCUCAUUAUGAAGCUGCCUUGGGCUCACAACUGUUUGAAAAAAUUAGAAACUGUCGUGUUUUAAUGGUCGGUGCUGGUGGGAUAGGUUGUGAGCUCUUGAAGAAUUUAGUCAUGUCCGGUUUUAAUAAAAUUGAACUGGUUGAUCUGGAUACGAUUGAUCUUUCAAAUUUAAAUAGACAGUUUUUAUUUCAAAAGCAACAUAUUAAAAAAUCAAAGGCACAGGUUGCUCGUGAAUCUGCUCUGAAAUUCAAUCCAAACGCUAGCAUCGUCGCGCAUCACGCCAAUAUCAAAGAUCCUCAAUUCAACAUCGAGUGGUUUAAAAGCUUUGAUAUUGUCAUGAACGCUUUAGAUAAUCUCGAUGCAAGGCGUCACGUCAAUACUAUGUGCUUAGUCGCAAACAUUCCGUUAGUCGAAUCAGGCUCAGAAGGAUACCUUGGGCAAGUGACAAUUAUAAAAAAAGGAGAAACUGAAUGUUAUGAAUGUCAGCCCAAACCAACCCGAAAAACCUAUCCAGUUUGCACAAUUCGUAGCACUCCGAGCAGUCCAAUCCAUUGUAUUGUUUGGGCAAAAAGCUACCUUUUCAAUCAAUUAUUUGGAAUACCUGAAGAUGAAGAUGAAGAAUUAGAUAAAGAACUUAAUGAUGAGAAUGCCAAUGAAAUUGCAAACCUCAAAGCGGAAACGCUUGCGCUUAAACGCAUAAGAGAAGCGAUGGGAUCACAAGAGUAUCCCAAAAUAACUUUUCAAAAAAUUUUCAACGAUGACAUUAAUCGCUUACUAACGAUGGAGGAUAUGUGGAAAACCAGAAAGCCUCCAGCGACUAACCCGGAUGCAUCGUUGACUUUUGAUAAAGAUGACAUUGAUGCCAUUGAUUUUAUAACGGCAACGUCCAAUCUACGCGCAAGAAUAUUUGGUAUUGAAGAAAAAACACGAUUUCAAGUAAAAGCAAUGGCCGGAAAUAUUAUUCCAGCUAUUGCGACAACCAAUGCGAUUGUUGCUGGAAUGAUUGUGAUGCAGGCAUUUAAAGUUCUAAAUGGUGAUUUUAAAGAAUGCAAGACAGUGUAUUGUUCUCCGGAUCGACGACCGAAAUCCAUUCUUUCGGAAUCUUUAAAUAAACCUAAUGUAGAAUGCUCUGUUUGUCAAUCCGCACAUGUUACCUUAAAUGUGAAUGUUAAGAAAGUAACUUUACGAGAUUUCCUUAAAGAGGUCGUUCAGGGACACGACGAAGAUGAAAAUGACAUUUGUGAAGUUUCAGUGGAAGAAGGUGGAAGAAUUAUAUAUGAUGUCGAAUAUGAUGACAAUCUUGAUGCAACUUUCGAAAAAUUAAACAUAACCGAUGGAAAAAUGGUGAAAGUAACUCCUGAAAACGAGGAUGAAGAAAAUUGUCCAACCGUUUUUGCAAUAACUCAUAGGCAAUCACCAAAUACCUGGUUUCAAAUUGAUGGAGAUAUAGCACCUAGAUUUCACACAAAUGCUAAUUCAAAUGCACAUAAAAGAAAGCUUGAUGAUUCCGAGGUUGAUCCUCAGGAAGAAUCUUCUCGUAAAAGGCCUGCUGUUAUUGAAAAUGAAGUUAUUGUUCAAGACGAUGAUCUUAUAAUGACUGAAGAUGGACCUCAAAGGCUUAUUGUUAUUGAUUAG